CGCAGCGACGUAGAUAUACAUUAUUACACGCUGGAGUGUUUCGCAACCGAGAGUAUCCCUCACGCGCUCCAUUGGGGCGUAGCAUAUGAAGUAACUAUUUCCUCCACAACAAAAAAGAGGGUGCAAAGCGCAUCCGUUCGUCACCGUUUUCACUCCCACAAAUCCAACGAACUUGGCUUUGCCGGUGACGGAAUUUUCAAUCACUCGCCUCUGUCUCCAUCAAAUCCCCCGAGCUUCUCUCUUUCCAGAUUAAUGACAACUUGUCUGGUUUGGGCAAAGAACAAAAAGCGACCUCUGUAGUAUUUUGCUGGAAAAUUAUGGAUGCUCGUCCUGCUUUCUCAAUUGAAAGAUCAAGUACGAAACAGAUGAAUAACAUAGGGAUGUCUGGAGCAUUUCCUUCAUCGUUGUCUGUCCUUCCAACACAUCUAGAAGAGACAUACCCCCGAUUAUCUGAUUCACAAUCGUCUUUUGUGGAAAAUGAUCUUAAGACAAUAACUUUUAAUCAUCCAAGUCAUAUAAGUUCAAGUGGAGCAGUUGGGCAUAUGUUUUCAUCUUCCCCUGGAUAUUCAACCGACCUUCAUCACUCAUCUCUUUCACCUCAUGAAAAAAACUCCAGAAAUGCUCAUUUUAUUUCACAAUCAUUGAGUAAUGUGGCUUCGAUGCCAUUAUCAUAUUCUUCAAAUAAUGGGCCGGUACCUUCUACAACAUCAAUACAUUAUUCCAACGGAAACAGUACUUCUUGGCACGCAGAUUCCCUUCCUAGCUUUCUUGAUUUUGCUACGAAUACCUCAAUUGAUAAUAAUCAAGUCGAUAGCAGUGCCGGAAAUAUUAUGGCUACUGAGGAGUUUUCUAAGCGAAAUGAUUGGCAGGAGUGGGCUGACCAGCUAAUUAGUGAUGAUGAUACUUUGACUUCUAAUUGGAACGAUCUUCUUGCUGAUAAUAUUCACGAUCUUGAGCCAAAGGCGGUGGAUCUGGUUUCAAAAUCAUCUUCACAAUUUCCAGCAGGACACCAAUCCCAAGGUCACCAACAGCUUAUGGCUCUAUCUGGAGAAAAUCAUGUUGGUGCUGCUCCAUCUUCCUCAGCAAAUUCUGCACCUGCCAAGCCACGGAUGCGGUGGACUCCUGAGCUUCAUGAGGCAUUUGUGGAGGCUGUCAACCAACUUGGUGGGAGUGAAAGAGCUACCCCUAAGGGUGUGCUGAAGCUCAUGAAAGUCGAAGGAUUAACUAUAUAUCAUGUUAAAAGCCACUUACAGAAAUACAGGACAGCUAGGUAUAGACCAGAACCAUCUGAAGGAGCUGCAGAGAAAAAUCUAAGCCCCAUUGACGAUAUUUCAUCUCUAGAUUUGAAAACUGGUAUUGAGAUCACGGAAGCUCUGCGACUGCAGAUGGAGGUCCAGAAACGGUUACAUGAACAGCUUGAGAUUCAAAGAAAUCUACAGUUGCGAAUAGAAGAACAAGGCAGGUACCUCCAGAAGAUGUUUGAGAAGCAAUGCAAAUCAGGUGUUGAACCAUUUAAGGCAUCGCCAUCGGCCAUUGAGAAUCCAUCUGGAAUGUCUUCCGACAUCGUGAAAGAUUCUCCUACCAAAAACGAAUUAGAAGCAUCCAAAACGGACCAUUCCGGGUCAGGAUCUGAUCAAGCUAAUGGUGGUACCACUGUUGAGGAAAGCUCGCUGAAAGCGGGUGGGAAGCAGGAUACCUCCAAAAGCCAAGCUUUUGAGGAUCUUAAGCAAAAUGAUAAUGAAGAUAGCACUCAAGCCCCUAAGCGUCCAAGGACCGAUGAGUAAACCUUAUGAUAUGCUGAAUCAGCAUUGAACCUACAUGACAGUAUUGAUUCAUUUGAGAUUUAUUUUAGCAAGGAAGACUUGAUUGAUUCAUGCUAGAGCUCUAUAACUUAACUAGUACCUCAUGUCCUGUUAUGUUAAAUGAGGGCUUGUAUGUUUGUGUUUCAUUUAGUUUAAGUCAAAGUUUUGACCAUGACGUUCUUUAACACCUUAUCUUAUUUGGUAUCCUGGUUAGGAUGAGAUUCUAGUGUACAGUGCAGAUAAUGGCUACGCCUCAAAUCAUAAGAGAGGUAUCAGGACAGUAUUUUACCAACGCUCUACAACCCAAAUUCAAUGUUGGUAUGUAUCUAAUUCUAAUAUGAACUGUUUGUUUUAACUGUACCAAAAUAAAAAGGGUACAAUUCUAGUUCUAAAGUUAGUUUUCUCAUCAAUUAUGGUGUUGCGGGGGCAUACUUACGAAGGUUAGAGCAUCUCCAAUGUAUGUUUCUACUAUAGUUUUUAUAUUCAAGUAUGUGCUACUUGUAAGGAUGGUAUACACAAUAGAACACCUUCUUGCAGUGUUCUUAAUAUUAUUGUGUUUGUCUCUUUCAUUUGCAAGUUACUUUUUUGCUGCAAAA